AUUUCAAUAAUAGUCGAAAUGUUUUCGGACAGACGUACUUUUGUCAGUGAAAUGAGUCAUUUUGCUUCAUCUUGGUAUUGCGCAAAAGGGAGCGAUAUCGCCUAGAAGUCAAACAUAAGAGACAAUAUCCAUACGAGGCCACCAUUGAAAGUGGAGCGGAAUCCAUUCUCUGUGCACAGGCACGGCUUGUGGGUCGUUUUAAACGCUCGGUACAAUGUUGUGUGAACAUGUUUCGACGCAAAGAACACCGCGUUAGACGCCUUGUCGUUCGCAGUGCGGCGCCAGUGUGUCGGUAGUUUGUACUCGGGUUAACGAGGAAUGCUAGCAAAGUUGACAGGAAGCCCCCCCCCCAAAAUGCCCAAAAGCAACAUGGCCGCCGAGGAAGCGCACAUUCACUGAGUUGGAAGGCGGUAGGCGGGGCCAAAUGCCCACAAGCAACAUGGCCGCCGAGCAUGCGCACACUCGCUGAGGUGGCAGGCGGGAGGCGGGACCAAAUGCCCACAAGCAACAUGGCCGCCGAGCGAGCCCGCAUUCGCUGAGGGAGGAAUGCGGUAGGCGGGGCCCGCCAGGCUUGUGUCAAACUUUGGGAAUGACAGGAGUGCUGCAGGAGUCGCAAAGAAGGGAAAGUGUCGCCCUUGUUCCUGACAUUUGGACUACUUGGACUUGUUUGAGCGCACAGCGUGUGGACUCCACACUUGUUCCUCGACACGCUGGCGACAAAUACCUCAGCAAUGUCGGAGGACCUGACUUGCCAACCUUGGUCCAUCAAGAAAGAUGAUUAUGAGCUACAACAGGUGAUUGGGAGCGGGGCCACCGCUGUGGUUCAAGCCGCCUACUGUGUGCCACGCAAGGAGAAGGUGGCCAUCAAACGCAUCAACCUCGAGAAGUGUCAGACCAACAUGGACGAACUUUUGAAAGAGAUCCAGGCCAUGAGCCAGUGCCACCAUCCCAACAUCGUGUCCUACUACACCUCCUUCGUGGUGAAGGACGAGCUGUGGCUGGUCAUGAAGCUGCUGAGUGGAGGCUCGGUGCUGGACGUGAUCAAGCACAUCAUCUCACGAGGCGAGCACAAGACGGGCGUCCUGGACCAGGCCAGCAUAGCCACCGUCUUGAAGGAUGUGCUGGAGGGCCUGGAGUACCUGCACAAGAACGGACAGAUACACAGAGAUCUGAAGGCUGGAAACAUUCUUCUAGGUGAUGAUGGAUCCGUGCAAAUCGCAGACUUUGGCGUCAGUGCCUUCCUAGCCACAGGUGGCGACAUGACUCGAAAUAAAGUGCGGAAGACGUUUGUGGGAACGCCAUGUUGGAUGGCGCCGGAGGUCAUGGAGCAGGUCAAAGGUUACGAUUUCAAAGCCGACAUUUGGAGCUUCGGGAUCACGGCCAUCGAGCUGGCCAUUGGGGCGGCGCCGUACCACAAGUACCCUCCAAUGAAGGUGUUGAUGCUGACGCUGCAGAACGACCCCCCCGGCCUGGAGACCGGCGUCACCGACAAGGAGAUGGUGAAGAAAUAUGGCAAGUCCUUCAGGAAGAUGAUCUCCAUGUGUCUGCAGAAGGAUCCGGAGAAGAGGCCGACGUCCUCCGAGUUGUUGAAGCAUAAGUUCUUCACGAAAGCAAAGACUCAUGACUACCUUCUGGAGAAGCUUCUCCAUCGGGCUCCCACGAUAACGGAGCGCUCCAAAAGGGUGCGCCGCGUGCCGGGCUCCAGCGGGCGUCUGCACAAGACAGAGGACGGCGAGUGGGAGUGGAGCGACGACGAGCUGGACGAGGAGAGCGAGGAAGGCAAGGCGGCGGUGGCCGCCCUGAGGUCUCCGAGGGUGAAGGAGGCCUCACAGAACUCAGAGUUUUUCCAGACCAGCGACACUUUAAGCGUGCCGCUUCCUCCCGCUCCCGCUGUCGGCCGAGCAGAACUACCUCAGACUGCAGGAAGCACCUUCCCGCUGCAGCCCGCGCCCGUCGGCCAUCAGUGCUCGCCACACACGGCGUCGCACACGACAGACGGACCCACGACCACGACUGUCGCUCCUACACAGCUUCCUGUCUCCACCAGCAACCAGACGCUUCCCAUUAGUUUGGUUUUACGGUUAAGAAAUUUAAAGAAAGAACUCAACGACAUUCGCUUUGAGUUCAUGCCGGGCAGAGACACGGCAGACGGGGUGUCUCAGGAGCUGGUGUCAGCAGGUCUGGUGGAUGGAAGGGACCUGGUCAUAGUUGCUGCCAAUCUACAGAAGAUAAUGGAGGAUCCCAAAAGCAAUAAAAAUGUGGUUUUUAAACUGGCGUCUGGAAUGGAGGGAUCGGAGGUUCCAGACGAGGUGAAACUGAUGGGCUUUGCUCAGCUGAGCAUCAACUAAAGCAAAGUCUGCUUCCUGGACCUGAAAGAUGUGAACUUUGAUGCUGGAUCAAGACAAGAACUGUGCCAAAGACUAGUGUGGCCUUGUGGGACCAAGCACUCAAGUACAGUAGGACCAGUGGGAUCAUGUACAGUCGGACGGGUAUGAUAGAGUACAGUAUGACAGGUAUGAUCAUGUACAAUAGGACAAGUGUGAGAGUACAGUAGGACAAGUAUGAGAGUAUGGUAUGACAGGUAUGAUCAUGUAAAGUAUGACAGGUAGGAUAGAGUAAAGUAUGACAGGUAUGAUAGAGUACAGUAUGACAGGUAUGAUCAUGUACAAUAGGACAAGUGUGAGAGUACAGUAGAACAAGUAUGAGAGUAUGGUAUGCCAGGUAUGAUCAUGUAAAGUAUGACAGGUAGGAUAGAGUAAAGUAUGACAGGUAUGAUAGAGUACAGUAUGACAGGUAUGAUCAUGUAAAGUAUGAUAGAGUACAGUAUGUCAAAUAUGAUCAUGUACAGUAUGACAGGUAUAAUAGAGUACAGUAUGAAAAGUAUGACAGUACAGUAUGACAAGUAUGAUAGAGUACAGUAUGACAGGUAUGAUGGCAUACAGUAGGACGAGUAUGAUAAAGUACAGUAUGACAGGUAUGAUCAUGUACAGUAUGAUCGAGUACAGUAGGACGAGUAUGAUCAUGUACAGUAUGAUGAAGUACAGUACGACAGGUGUGACAAGACUACAGGUAUGAUAGAGUACAGUAUGACAAGUAUGAUCAUGUACAGUAUGAUCAUGU